AUCAUCUGUCAUUGCCGUGCGGAAUGAACGCGAAAGUGAAAAGAUUUUUGUUGCACACAGUCCGGUUUCGGGUCGCGUAAAAUGCAUCCCAAAAGUGCAUAAAAGUAGUGAAUUUUCGUACAAAAAGUGGUGCAUUCUGUUUCCCGUAUGCAAGGAUCCCCCAGCAUAGGGUAAUUGGCGUAAAAUGUCGGUUCACUAUAAGUUUAAAAGCGCAUUAGAUUUCGAUACCAUCACUUUCGAUGGGUUGCACAUUUCGGUGGCGGACCUCAAGAAGGCCAUCAUCCACCAGAAGCGACUCGGGAAAACGAUGGAUUUUGAUCUCCAGAUUACCAAUGCGCAAACCAAGGAAGAAUUCAGCGAAGAAGCUGCACUAAUUCCGAAGAACACCUCAUUGAUCAUAGCGAGAAUACCGUUGAAGAAUGCCCCCAAGAAGAAUUGGGCUCCGAAGGAUGACAGCAACCAGCAACAAGCGGUGUCUUCGAGGAAGGGUCACGAUAGCGCCUCGGCGGCGGUUCAGUCCAACGUGGAUCUGUCGACGAUGAGCGGAACGGAGGAGGACAAGAUUCGCGAAAUGAUGUUCCAGAGUACGGCCGAGUACGAUCCAACCAAGUUUAAACACAGCUAUCAAAAAAUACGAGGAGCUUCUCAAUCUGGUGAGGUUCCCAUCAACUACAAGUGCUUUCGGUGCAACAAACCAGGACAUUGGAUUAAAAAUUGUCCUCUCGGUCCGCUGCCAAAAGAAGCAAUGGAGGGCAAACGUAAUACCGGAAUCCCUCGCUCCUUCAUCGAACGGGACAAGGAUCCGGAGAACAACCCGAUCAUUCAACCAUCCCAAGUUCCACCGGAGGAGAAGCAAGUUAUCCCGGAAGACUUAAUAUGCAGUAUAUGUAAGGAUCUGUUCACCGACGCGGUCAUGAUUCCCUGUUGUGGCAGUUCGUUUUGCGAUGAGUGCGUUCGCACGGCUCUGCUCGAAUCGGAAGAUAACGAAUGUCCCGAUUGCAAGGAGAAAGGUUCCUCUCCGGGAUCGCUUAUCCCCAACCGGUUUCUGCGAAACUCGGUCAAUGCCUUCCGAAACGAAACAGGCUAUACGAAGACAGUGGUUCAGAAAGUUGCAUCAAACAAGCAAACAAAACCGGCCGAAGAUCCUUCUAAUGCUUCGGUUGAAUCAAUGAGUUCAUCGACCAAUAUUACGUCCGUUACGGGCACAUCAAGCGCAGAUGUUGAUGGUGAACAAAAUCCGGAAGAACGGGAUGAUAACGAAAAGCGCGAUACCGGUGAUCAACUUCAGGAGAGUUAUGAGGAUGUAUCUCAACAUGGAGAUAUCGAUUCCCCACCAACAGACGAUAAAGUAUUUGACAAUGAAUCGGAUUACGAGGAUAAUAUAACUGUGACGGUGCCGCCCGCUCACCUUCAAAGCAGAGGAGCUUUCCGAGGACAUUACAAUGGACGGCAGGCUCACCAUCGACACGAUACUCCUCCGGUUGGUCGAGAAUACCCUCCGCAGUAUAGCCGAGGAAACAGCGAUAGCGGUGCCAGUCGGACUACGGAACAACAUGCCACGGAGGAAGCCGGUUCACGUACACCGACGGUGGAAGACAAGGAAAGCAGUUAUAAUGUUGUACCCCCAACCUCUACCAAACACGAGUAUGACUCACGGUCUCCAGAUUACCAUCAGUCGGCUUCCAGAGGUCCUAUGCCAAUGCCGCCUCACACUCAUCCUCCGCAUCAACAGCCUCCCCCCAUGGGUGGCCAUCCACCUGCUCAUCCCAACUAUAUGGGUCCACAGCCGCACCCAGUACCGGCUGGGCCAUAUCCGGGACCACCACAUGGAGCACCUCAUCCUUAUCCAGGAGGGUAUGGGAUGCAGGGUGGAUAUCCUCCUCAGCGUCCGUAUGACCAUCAUGGCGGAAUGUACCAUGGCGAACGCCCAAGAAUGAUGUAUCCCCCUCGUGGAGGGUACGGCCCGCAUCCACCACACAUGAGACCUCGCCAUAUGGCACCUAUGGGACCCGGAGGAUAUCCCGGUGUGCCCAACGUUGGCCCUGGCGUGAUUGAUGAUCCAUUGGAGGCAUUCAACCGUAUCAUGAGGGAAAAGGAACGCCGCAAAGAGCAGGAAGCCAAACAUGCCAAUCGACAUCGUUCGCCUCACGUGGAUCGAAAUCGACGGUCCCGCUCAUUCGACAACAGUGGCAGUAGCAAUCGCCGGGGAAGAUCAACGGAACGUGAACGGCGACGAUCACCACGAAGUGGCCGUUCUCCGGAUAGACGUCGAACGCCCGAGGAAAAACACGGCGACAAACGGGAACGCGAACAGGAUCGUGAUCGUGAACGUGAAAGAGAUCGGGAUCGAGAACGUGAUCGUGAUCGCGAUCGGGAGCGCGAUCGCAACGGAAGGCGUAGGAAUCGUUCCAGUUCGUACAGCUCCAGCGGAUCCAGAUCUUAUUCGAGAUCUAAUUGUAGAUCACCCGCAACAAAGCGUGGAAAGUCUCCGAAAAGGCGUUCGAGGAGCCCCUACCGAGAGCGUCGUUCGAAAAGCCGAUCGAAGUCGUUCGACGACAGAAGACACGGUAAACACGGCAAGGACAGACGAGAGGAACGUCGCGAUGAACAUCGUGGCGAGUAUCGUGACAACAGAGAAAGAUCACCCGGAUACAACUCUCAUUAUCAAAGCAGCUACCGCGGCCGCGGAGGUAACUACAGAGGUGGUCCACGUGGUCGUGGCAGCAGCCGUGACAGUGGCUAUCAGUCUCACUUCCCCCGGGGCUAUGAUCGUGGUCACCCGCAAGGGCCACCGGUGCAGGCACCCCAGCACGAUCAAUACGGCCACCCAAUGGGACCGGGAGUACCGAAUGAGUACCAUCACCAUGAUCCGACACAUCACGGCCAUGGCGUACCACCGGGAGUGGUCGGAGCAGCCACUAUGCCCCCACACGGUGUACCCCCGGCAGGGCACUAUGCACCACCGCCUCAACAAGCGAUGCCCCCGAGCUCGGCGGUCCCAAGCAGGUAUCCACCACGUGAGGCUUCUCGCCCAUAUAUGGGACAUCCAGUCAAAACAGAUGCCAUGGGUUAUUACGAGCAACCUCCUCAACCAGUUCCGAUCCAACAGCCGACUCCUUUGGUCAGCUCAGAGCCUCCCCCACCAGGAUUUGAAGAGCAAGAUAGCUGGUCCGGUAAACAGGAAACAGAAUACAGAGCACCAACUACCACAGUCCCAGUUGUCAAAGCACCGGAGGAAACUACCUAUGAUUACCAUAAUACGCCAAAAAGUCAUGACCAUGAAAGGGCCCAUACUCCUGUCAUACGUGACGACAGACACGAACACACUACUCGAUCGCAUUCUAGGGAUAAAGAAAGUAAGAAAAAGACCCGCGACGAAAGCACUGAUCAUCACCGUAGGGAAGAAAGGCGAGCUAGGUCAAAAACGCCGGACCGCCAUGAAAAGGAAAAACUAUCCAAACGCGGUGAGCACGAGAAAGAGAAAGAGAAGGAUAAGAAACGCAGUGAAGCAAAACGGUUGUUAGAGAAAGAACGAGAGCGUGAACGGGAAAGAGAAAAGGAACGGGAGAAAGAGCGCGAAAAAGAAGCGAAACGCAAGCAAAGAGAUUCUAGUGAGGAGGAUAAGAAAGAUAAGAAGAAGGAAAAAGAGAAGAAAAAGAGGAAGAAGGAAAAGGAAGCAGAGAAAAAGAAACACAAGAAAGAACGGAAAGAGAAGGAAAAGGAAAGUCGAUCGAAGGAGAAGAAGAAGGAGAGAAAAACGGUUGAAAAGGAGGAGGCAGACAGUUCACAACAACCAGCCACGCCGAAACAUGCUCCAAAGCAUCACUUCGAUGAUAACGCAGCACCUUCGCCACACGAGAGGCGACAACCAGAAGUUGAUACAACCCAAGAAUAUAUCGGUCAAGAGUUUGAAGAUACCUUUGUCGAGCCAGAUCGGUCUCAGAACAUUAGUAAAACGACUUCUGAAGGCGACGAUGCUGCCUACCGCGAGGAACCUUCCAGUAGUCAUAAUCAACAAGAUGAAAUGCAUUCGCCACAGGUUGAUAAUAACCACGAUCACAGUGAUCUGUACUCGGAUAUUCCAGACAAAUAUGAAGAAGAUCAACUGGAAAAAUCGGUGCUCGAGAGCCACAUUGGAGACGAGGACAUUGAGCUGGUUAACAGUACUGGCGUAGGCAGUACGGAAGACCAUCUACCGGAAGAUAUCAAGCGAUCGGAUUCGAUUUUGGAUCUCCAUGCUAAUGUGGACUUCGAAGCCGACUUGGAAGAAGGUGAGCACAUGUCUCCGCCAAAGUUCAUCGGAAUUCCGGAACUUUCCAAAUGGGAAAUGGAAGAAGAUGGAGCCGUCAUCUCCAGUUCGGAACGGAAAACUUCUUUGGAUGACCAUGGCAUUAGUGUCAAAUCGGAAGAGCCAUCCGGUAAGGUGACGAACGAGGUGCUGAAGCGAGCUGAGAAUGCUAUUUUCACCCGUGCGAUUGCCGCUAUUCGACCGAUUGAAAUCAAGAAGAUCAGCGUAGAUCGACAGAAACUGUACUCGAAUGAUAUUGCGUUGGAUGAGGAGAAACCGACGCUGGAAGUCAAAGUUGAGAAGCAGCAGGAUGAGCUUAAGCGAUUCCAGGUCACGGUUCCUACCAACAACGAUAAUGCAGAGCGUUCCGUUGAACUCAAACCGGACGUUGGUAAACUGGAGAGCCGUGCUUCACCGAUACGGGCUUCCAUCAAGGAACGGCUCGGAAGCAAAAUCACCGAAAUUCGCGGCAGCAGUUCGAGUACGUAUUCCCGGUCUCGCACGCCACCGCCCUCCCGAAAGGUAAAAGCUUCGUCUUCAACUAUCGCCACCUCCAUGACUAAGGUAGAACAGUCGAGAAAGCGUACCCGAAGCCGGUCUGCAGAACGUGCCGGAAGCGGCAGUAGGAAGCCUCGCAAUGAUCGCGAGGACCGCCAUCGGGAGGAGAUUCGUAUCAGUAGCAGCAGGCGACAGGAUUCCGGAAGGCGUGUGGUUGUAGCGGUACGUGAGCCGAGCGCAGAAAAGCGGCGGGAGCAUGAACGUAAAGAUCGAACCGAUAAAAGUGAUAGGAGGAGCAAAGAUCGAACAACUAAAGAUGCAAGUGAAAAGAUUGCGAGGAGAAGCCGUGAACGAAGUCGUGACCGGCGACGAGAUAGAUCCAAAACGCCACCCAAGCGAGAACGUGAGAAAGAUCAUGAACGGGAUCGCGAAAAGGAUCGUAGAAGGGAGCGAAAAGAAGACGACGAGCGGCAUAAGAAAAUCGAAAGCCGACCCGACAAAACUGGUAGCCACAGUCACAAGGAAGAAAGGAAACCUCACCCUGAUCGCAAACGAUCCGAAAUGGAAGUUGACCGCCGGCAUCACGAUGUCCCUUCAGAUGAUAGAGUUCGUCGAGAUGAAGGUUCCUCCAGAAGGGAAGAACCGCGUAAACGGUUACCAGAGGAACUUACGGAAAAAGCUUUGGAAGUACCGGUCAAGAAAGCGAAAUCAGACAAAGUGCCCAAAGCUAUGCGAGAUGUGGCCAGUUCGAGUGACAGUAGCAGUUCGGAUUCCGAAUCGUCCUCAUCGGACUCGAGCAGCGAAUCGGAGGGUGAAGUGUCCAAAAAGCGUAAGAAGCGAAAGCACAAGAAAGAGCGCAAGCGUGCCAAGCGAUCGGCCUCAACCGAUUCGGAUGAGUCUGCCAGUAAGAAGAAGAAAAAGAGCAAAAAAUCUAAAUCAAGCAAAAAGAAGAAGAAGGACCGGAAACACCGGAAGGAGUAAGGUGCCACAGUAUUUCAUUUUGGUGUGAAUUGUACAGGAGAAAAGGCACAGCUUGGUUUAGGAUCUGCAUCAGUCAGGAAACAUUUCGUUAGGAACAACUGUGUGGACUUAACACCUAGACUUAUCUAAGUUAUUUCGCUUUUGAUCAUCGUAAGUGUCCAGGAGUUGCUGAAAUCAAUGAGAUAGAAUAAACUGAAUUCGAUUUCGUGUACAUGUUAAAACAUCCUGUAAAAGCAGUUUCGUUGAGUAAGGAAUAAAAAUUCUAGAACUGAAUUGAA